UCUGUGAGUUGACUGAGAGACCAACAGCUACAACAUGUCUGGACGUGGAAAGGGAGCCGGUAAGACCAGAGCGAAGGCCAAGACCAGGUCCUCCAGGGCCGGCCUCCAGUUCCCCGUGGGCCGUGUCCACAGGCACUUGAGGAAGGGCAACUACGCCCGGCGUGUCGGCGCCGGAGCUCCGGUGUACCUGGCGGCGGUGCUGGAGUAUCUGACCGCUGAGAUCCUGGAGCUGGCCGGGAACGCGGCCCGCGACAACAAGAAGACCCGCAUUAUCCCCCGUCACCUGCAGCUGGCGGUCCGCAACGACGAGGAGCUCAACAAGCUGCUCGGCGGAGUGACCAUCGCUCAGGGCGGCGUGCUGCCCAACAUCCAGGCGGUGCUGCUGCCCAAGAAGACCGAGAAGGCCGCCAAGAAGUAGACACAACAACACCACCACAACAACAACGGCUCUUUUAAGAGCCACCACUCCGCUAGAGAGAUAUCCUUUAUCAUUUAAUGACUAGAUUUUAUUUUACUUACAAUUAUCUAUCCAUUUAUCAAUUAUAAUCCUCAUUAACCAGUUUAAACAAUUCAUUGUGCAAACCUUAACUAUCUGGGUAUACUUGUUUAAAUAAUAGUGAAAUGAAAAGCCAACAUCCAAUUAAUCACAGUAAUCAAAGGACUAAAACAUGAUGGAUUUAUAACUCAAAUUCUUCAGACUCAAUUUGAACAAAUAAUUCUAAAAUUGAAAUCCUUUACGUUUUUAUGGUUUAUUUUCCUGUACGUCCUCCUCACUUUAUAACAAAGAUCAAACAACUUUAAAUUCCUCAAUAAAACAAACUAUUAAAAUAGUGUUAUCCUUCACUAUAAAUUAUUGUAGCGUAAUAUAAUUUCCCCCACUGGGACAAAUGAAGGAAUAUCAAAUACACACACACUUUACUCCACUGGAGGCAGACAGUCACCUCAUGGAGACUGAAGACUUUCCUCCUGAUGGUCUGAUAGUGAGACCUGAACCAGGUUCACCUGGUCCAGACCUGGAGAUGCUGCUAGAGGCUGAGAGGCUGAGGGGGACGCUAGGAUACACUGAGCUCCUCUCCUCUCUCCUUAAGGACGCUGAGGAUACACUGAGCUCCUCUCCUCUCUCCUUAAGGACGCUGAGGAUACACUGAGCUCCUCUCCUCUCUCCUUAAGGAAGCUUAGGAUACACUGAGCUCCUCUCCUCUCUCCUUAAGGACGCUUAGGAUACACUGAGCUCCUCUCUCCUUAUGGAUGUUUAGGAUACACUGAGCUCCUCUCUCCUCUCCUCUCUCCUUAUGGAUGAAUGUGUAUCUCUCCAUCACACAUUAUUAACUCUGCUUCCUCUCCUGAGUCCUUGUGACUUCACAUCUCAUAGGGUCCAUUGGACCUGCUGGUCUGAUGCUGGUUCUGCAUCUAGCCUCUGGUCUAGACCGAGCAUCCUUCCCAAUGGCCCUGCUGAUCCUCUGUUGUUUAGCUGAAGGUUUCUUACCUUUUUCCCCCCUGAAAGUUUUUUUAAAAAAAAUAGUUGUUCCUGAUCUGAUGUGAGGUCAAAGGUCAGGGAUGUCAAUGUGUGCAAACUGUAGAGCCCUCUGAGGGGAGUUUGUGAUUUUGGGCUAUAUACAAUAAACUGUAUUGAAUGAA